CCCUUCUUGUGACUGUAAUUUGUAUAGCGCCUCACAUCAUCACACAUAACAUAACACAGCCGGCACUGCCAUCAUCCUCUUUUACCACUUCACCAAAUCUUUUCCAAACAUGACUUUUCAAACCUCCCUUCUUUUUAUUUUCAACUCUCCUUUCGCAGAUUUUGUCUUAUUGAAUUAAACUUCGACAAUGUCCCUUUUGCCUCCGUGGAUUGAUGUUAACUUUUUCUGCAUGUUCCCAAAAGCAUUAUUGCCGAUUGGCUGUGUAGGCAAUUUGGCGGCGGUACAGUUAGGCCCAAAAUGUUAGGCUUAUGCACUAAUACCAGAAAGCAGAAAAUAAUGGAAGACAAAUCUCAAUGUAGACUAUAUAAAUUGCACAAUAAUUAUACAUUUAUGGAUUUUUUAAGGUAUUGUUUCUCUUUAUUCAACCCGCCCGCCACCCACCUGCCCUUCAGCCACACAAUAUGUAAUGACCCUAAACCCCCCCCGGGGACCGCGGGUUAUGAGUCAACCGCGCAUCACAAUGCCACAACUGUCAGGUGGAUGGAUUAUCUUGGCAAAGGAGAAAUGCUCACUAACAGGGAUGUAAACUAAUUUGUGCACAGAAUUUGAGAGAAAUACGCUUUUUGUGUGUAUGGACAAUUAUUAUUAUUAUUAUUAUUAUUAUUAUUAUUAUUAUUAUUUUUAGCUCAUGAAACAUGGGACCAACACUUUACAUGUUUCGUUUAUAUAUUUGUUCAGAUUAUUUCUUUAGUCUGUCAGAGGGAUAACUGUCGCUGUGUGUGUGUGUGUGUGUGUGUGUGUGUGUGUGUGUGUGUGUGUGUGUAUGUGUGUGUGUGUGUGUGUGUGUCUGUGUGUGUGUGUGUGUGUGUCAUUCUCAGGUCCUUUCGUAUCAUGCCUCUGCGGCAGAAGAAGAGACGCGGGCUCUGCAGGUAACUUCGGUAAAUUACAAUUUAUUAAUUUACCACACACACACACACACUUGCGGCCAUACAAGCAUUGCUAGAAGACAGAUGCCUUCCUUCAGGUUGAGUGUAAGGACAGCGUAUAGAUGAGGUGACUUCAGCCAUGAUGUAAUGAGACACUCCAGCGCAUGUAAACCUAACCAAUAUGGCCGACUCACAUGUAGAUACUCAUGCAGGCCUAUGAGGAUAACGGUCUGGAGAAAAAAAAAACACAUGAAAAAGACUGACCAUAUUGAUUAGGGUUUCAAAGUGAAAGUCUGCACAAUACCCAUUACAGAAAGCCAAUUUAAGGCCCAAAUCAUUUGCUUUUAAAGUUUGGCAAUGAUUAUUGGGGAUAAGAGAUUAAUCAGAUAAUGCUGUGAUGUCAGCAUACUUAAUUAUGAAGCCCUUUAAAUGGAGAGUCUUUAGCUCUGCUGUUAGCUGCCCUUGCUAUAUAUAUUAGAGUGAGAUUGACUUAAUAUGACACAUUUAAUGACUUGUCCAAUUAUAUUUUCUAAGGCUAAGGCUGUAUCUUCAUUAGUCUCUUUCUAAAGGCUUCGUCUAAGGCUGUGGCAUUGACUUUCUGAAGGAUUUUAUGUUUCUCUAGUUAGAAGGAUACAGUCCACUUCUAUGUGCAAACUUCUAUGUCCUCUCUAGCUCAGUUGCUUAAAACGCCAAAGGAUGUGGGUUCGAAUCUCGGGACCACCCAUACGUAAAAAUAAUAUGCAAGAAUGACUGUAAGUCGCUUUGGAUAAAAUUGUCAGCUAAAUGGCAUAUACAUUAUAUACAGUUGAAGUCAGAAGUUAACAUACACCUUAGCCAAAUACACUUAAACUCAGUUUUUCACAAUUUCUGACAUUUAAUCCUAGUAAAAAUUCCCUGCCUUAGGUCAGUUAGGAUCACCGCUUUAUUUUAAGAAUGUGAAAUGUCUGAAUAAUAGUAGAGAGAAUGAUUUAUUUCAGCUUUUAUUUCUUUAAUCACAUUCCUAGUGGGUCAGAAGUUUACAUACACUCAAUUAGUAUUUGGUAGCAUUGCCUUUAAAUUGUUGAAAUUUUGGUCAAACGUUUCGGGUAGCCUUCCACAAGCUUCCCACAAUAAGUUUGGUGAAUUUUGGCCCAUUCCUCCUGACAUAGCUGGUGUAACUGAGUCAGGUUUGUAGGCCUCCUUGCUCGCACACGUUUUUUCAGUUUUUUUUGCCCCAUGUGCAGUUGCAAACCGUAGUCUGGCUUUUUUAUGGCGGUUUUGGAGCAGUGGCUUCUUCCUUGAUGAGUGGCCUUUCAGGUUAUGUCGAUAUAGGACUCGUUUUACUGUGGAUAUAGAGAUACUUCUGUACCUGUUUCCUCCAGCAUCUUCACAAGGUCCUUUACUGUUGUUCUGGGAUUGAUUUGCACUUUUCACACCAAAGUACGUUAAUCUCUAGGAGACAGAACGCGUCUCCUUCCUGAGCGGUAUGACGGCUGCGUGGUCCCAUGGUGUUUAUACUUGCGUACUAUUGUUUGUACUGCUGAACGUGGUACCUUCAGGCGUUUGGAAAUUUCUCCCAAGGAUGAACCAGACUUGUAGGGACAGAGAGAGAGAGACAGAGCAAGAGAGACAACGAGAGGGUGGGAGAGAGAGAGAGAGAGAGAGAGAGAGAGAGAGAGAGAGAGAGGAGAGAGGGAGAGAGAGAGAGAGAGGAGAGAGAGAGAGAGAGAGAGAGAGAGAGAGAGAGAGAGAGGAAGAGAGAGAGAGAACGUAAAACACCAAAUAAUGCAUGCAGAGCAGAAUUAGGCCGAUACCCACUAAUUAUCAAAUUCCAGAAAAGAGCCGUUAAAUUCUACAACCACCUAAAAGGAAGCGAUUCCCAACAAAGCCAUCACCUACAGAGAGAUUAACCUGGAGAAGAGUCCCCUAAGCAAGCUGGUCCUGGAGCUCUGUUCACAAACACAAACAGACCCCACAGAGCCCCAGGACAACAACACAUUUAGACCCAACCAAAUCAUGAGAAAACAAAAAUAUAAUUACUUGACACAUUGGAAAUAAUUAACAAAAAAACAGAGCAAACUAGAAUGCUAUUUGGCACUAAACAGAGAGUACACAGUGGCAGAAUACCUGACCACUGUGACUGACCCAAACUUAAGGAAAGCUUUGACUAUGUACAGACUCAGUGAGCAUAGCCUUGCUAUUGAGAAAGGCCGCCGUAGGCAGACCUGGCUCUCAAAAGAAGACAGGCUAUGUGCACACUGCCCAUAAAAUGAGGUGGAAACUGAGCUGCACUUCCUAACCUAAAGGGGAGGCGAGCCGAACACAGAUAAAUGCUCUUCCUGAUCACAGCUCAUCGAUUAUUAAUGCCUGCUAGAGAUCACGGGUGCUUAGGGAGGGUGUGUUUGUGUGCGUGCAUGUGUAUAUGUGUGUGCGUGUGUGCAUAAAUACAGUAUGUGUGUGUGUACGUGCGUGCAUACCGUAUAUGAAUGUGUGUGUGUACACUCCUCUCACACUCCUCUCCCCUCUCUCUGUUUGUGAAGGCAGCCACUGUUCCGUCGGCCCAGUGUCUGCGCCUGAUGGAGUUCAGUUUCAGUGACUUUGAGCUGUCCGACGCUGAGACCACUCAGGCCACCAUACGCAUGUUCGUGGACCUCAACCUGGUCCAGAACUUCCAGAUUAAAUACAAGGUAGGAGUGUGAGUGAGUGAGUGAGUGAGUGAGUGUGUGUGUGUGUGUGCGUGUGUGCACAUGCCUGUAUGCAUGUGUGUACAUAGGUGUGUGUAUAUGUGUGUUUGUACAUCCAUAACACAGCCCACCACCUUCUAAAUCAGGGUAACCCAACUGGCGGCCUGCGGCACAAACCACAGUGGCCUUGUCAUGCAUUAGUCACAAUAGAUGACUGAUGACAUUAUAGCCUAUAGAAUGCAUCAGUCACAAUAGAUGACUGAUGACAUUAUAGCCUAUAGAAUGCAUCAGUCACAAUAGAUGACUGAUGACAUCAUAGCCUAUAGAAUGCGAAGGACUUUGAGGUUCAGAAAAGGGCAAAAUGAAUGUCAAUCAUUAUUAUCAAAUCAUUAUUGAACAAAUGUGUGAGUCACUAUGCAUUGGCUAAUAGGGAGUUGAUUGGAAGCUUAUGCCGGUAAAUGGAUCGACAUGGAAAGAUUGGAUGAACAGAAUCCAGUGAUUUGAUUAGCAGGGUGGUCAAAGUUUUCCCUAUAACACCAAUCAGAUUGCCAGGCUGGCCAAUAUUAAGCUCUACUGCUUGAGGAUGUACAGAUACAAUUAAAGUCACUGUCAUUCUGUCUGUUUUCUAUUUUGUUGUUGUUUAAACUUUUCCCUCUCUCUUGCUGUCCGUUUUUGCCCCCUCCUCCCACCUCCUCCUCCCCUCCUCCUCCCACCUCCUCCUCCUCCUCCUCCUCAUUUCACCCUCUUUCUCCCCACUUUUUCUUGUCUAUCUCCUACUGUGUUCCUUCAUAUCCCCCCCUCUCCCCCCUGCCUCCGUUCCCCCCCCCCCCCCCCCCCCCCCCCCCCCCCCCCACCUCUCUCUCCCCCCCUUUCUCCCUUCGUUCCCCCCUUUCUCUCUCUCUGUAGAGUCUGUGCCAGUGGAUCCUGAGUGUUAAGAAGAACUAUAGGAAGAACGUGGCCUACCACAACUGGAGACAUGCCUUCAACACCUCCCAGUGCAUGUUCGCCCUGCUCAAAUCUGGCCGGUUACAGGUGAGUUCAGCCAAUCAAUGGCCAGCAUGGCAGGAGUGCCGGGUCACUUCGUCCAAUCAAUAAAUAAUCAAUCCCAGCAGGAAGUCUUAUUUGUGUCAGUCCGACCAAUGGCUAAUGAGUCACCAUGCUGUAACUGUGCCGUUACCGGGUCAGUCCGACCACUAUGUUCUGUCAAGUCAACAUUCGCUUCCAUUUACCUUAAUAUUUAAAAUGUCUAAAUACCAAAUAUAUUACUCUGCCAUCUGAGUUGGAAGUUAUCAGAUGUAAUAUGAUAUAUGAAGAAUAUCAUUAUCAUAAAUAGUAAGUCAAAGACACUUGAACAGACAAGUACUGUAUCUCAGACAGAAACAGAACUCAACGUAUCCCAAACACACAGUUCCAGUCCAACCCAGUUCUAGUCCAUAACCCUUGGUGCUCACACCCAGCUCUGUUCUGAUGUGACUACAUGUACUCCUUCUGUUAGGUUAAAGGUUACACUCCAGGUGUUGCUAACAAAUGGCUGUUAAGUUCAUGUGUAAGCUUCUCUCUCAAGGAAGAAAUUAACAAACACCCCCCCCUUUUGGAAAGAUGGGAAGGGGUUUCGCUCUCCCCUCCUCUCCUCUCUUUCCCCUCUCCCCCCCCAGUUUUAAAAAAAUUUUUUUCCCCCCCCCCCCCGGACCCGGGUUUUCCCCCCCUCUUCCCCCCUUUUUCCCCCCCUCCCCCUCCCGCCGCCCCCCCCUUUUUUCCUUCCCCUUUUUACCUUUUCCCCCAAACCCCCCCCCCCCCCCCCCCUUUUUCCCCAAAAAAAUUUUUAAAACCCCCGGGGGAAAAAUUCCCCCCUUUUUCCCCCCCCACCCCCCCCGGGUUUCCCCCCCCGGGGGGGGGCCCCCGGGGGUUUUUUAACCCAAAAACCCCCCCCCCCUUUUUUUCCCCCGGGCCCCCCCCUUUUCCCCUUUCCCCAAAACUUUCCCCCCCGGGGGGGGGCCUAACCCCUUAAAUCUUUCCUUUCCCUUUCCUCUUCCCCUCUCCUCCCCCUUUCCCUUUCCCCUCGUCUUCCCCUCUCUUCCCCCCUCCUCCCCCUUCCCCUUUUCCCCCCCCCUUUUUUUCCCCCCCCUUUUUUCCCCCCCCUUUGGGGCCCCAAACUUCCCCCCCUCUGUCUUCGGGCCCCCCCGCCCCGCCCCGGGGGGAACCCCUUCAUUUCCCCCCCUUCCAAACCCUUUCCCCUCUCUCCCCCCUUUCCCUUCCCCUCCUCCUCCUCCCCCUUCCCCUUCUUUUUUUCCCCUUUCCCCUUUCCCCCUCCCUUCCCUCUUCGUCCUUUUUUUUUUUUUCCCCUUUCUUUUUCUUUUCUUUUUUUUUUGUCAAAAAAAAAAAAGGGGGGGGGGGGGGGGGGGGGGGGGGGGGGGGGGGGGGGGAAAAAAAAAAAAAAAAAAAAAAAAAGGGCCGGGGGGGGUCCCCGGGGGGGGGGGGGGGAAAAGGGGGGGGGGGGGGGGGGGGCCCCCCCGGGGGGGGGGGGCCAAAAAAACCCCCAAAAAACCCCCCCCGGGGGAAAAAGGGGGGGGGGGGGGGGGGGGGGGGGGCCCCCCCCCCCCCCCCCCCCCCCAAAAGGGGUUUUGGGGCCGGCCCUUUGGGGGGGGGGCCCCCCCCCCCCAAAAAAUUUCCCCCCUUUUUCCCCUUUUUCCCCCCUUCCCUCUUUUCCUCCUCCUCUUCCCCUUUUCCUCUUCUCUUCCCUUCUUCCUCUCUCUCUCCCCUUCUCCCCCCUUUUUCCCCCUUUCUCCUUCCCUCAUUCCCCUUCUCUUCCCCCCCUCUCUCCCCCCCUCUUUCCUCUCUCUUCCAUCUUUUUUCCCCCCCUUCCCGGGGGAAAUAUGAGUAUUGGAGACCCAGCCCUUUGAUCGCCACUCUGAGUCACGACCUGGACCACAGAGGAGUCAACAACUCCUACAUACAGAGGUAGGCUGUAAUAUUGUGUGUGUGUGUGUGUGUGUCUUUCUGUAUGUGUGCAUGUGGGUGUGCGUGUGUGUGUGUGUGUGUGUCACAGAAUCUCACAGUUGUUAUGUGUGCAUCUCCAUCAGGAGUGACCAUCCCCUGGCCCUGCUCUACUGCCACUCCACCAUGGAGCACCACCACUUUGACCAGUGUCUCAUGAUCCUCAACAGCCCAGUAAGAUCACACGCGCACACACACACACACACACUUAUUCAUUAAUUCCCUUAUUCACUUAGUUACUCAGUUAGAUAUGCAUUUAUUCAUUUGGAACAAUAAGGCAUUAUUCAGCAUAAUGUAUUUGUCAGGAUGGUAUUGGUGUUUCCUCAUUUCUUCUUUAUAGAGCUUCAGCUGCUAGUCUGUUCUGGUCUGGUCUAGUCUGGUCUAGUCUGGUCUGGUCUGGUCUAGUCUGGUCUGGUCUAGUCUGGUCUGGUCUAGUCUGGUCUGGUCUAAUCUAGUCUAGUCUGGUCUAGUCUGGUCUGGUCUGGUCUAGUCUGGUCUAGUCUGGUCUAGUCUGGUCUAGUCUAGUCUAGUCUAGUCUGGUCUGGUCUAGUCUGGUCUAGUCUGGUCUAGUCUGGUCUGGUCUGGUCUAGUCUGGUCUGGUCUAAUCUAGUCUAGUCUCUAGUCUGGUCUGGUCUGGUCUGGUCUAGUCUGGUCUAGUCUAGUCUAGUCUGGUCUGGUCUAGUCUGGUCUAGUCUGGUCUAGUCUGGUCUGGUCUGGUCUAGUCUGGUCUGGUCUAAUCUAGUCUAGUCUAGUCUGGUCUAGUCUGGUCUGGUCUGGUCUAGUCUGGUCUAGUCUGGUCUAAUCUAGUCUAGUCUGGUCUAGUCUGGUCUGGUCUGGUCUAGUUUGGUCUGGUCUGGUUUGGUCUAGUCUGGUCUAGUCUGGUCUAAUCUAGUCUAGUCUAGUCUGGUCUAGUCUGGUCUGGUCUGGUCUAGUCUGGUCUAGUCUGGUCUAGUCUGGUCUGGUUUGGUCUAGUCUGGUCUAGUCUGGUCUAAUCUAGUCUAGUCUGGUCUGGUCUAGUCUGGUCUGGUCUAGUCUGGUCUGGUCUGGUCUAGCUGGUUGGUCUGGGCUGUUAGUCUAGUUGGGCGGUUGGUCUGGGUUGGUCUAUUGGCAGUCUGUCGAGAACCUGCUAUGGUGUAAUAAGCACUGUGAAUAAAAGACCCCCCUUAUUUUUAUGGGGGACAAAUUACGGAGCCCCCCCUCGGAUGUAUGAACAACACACACACACACACACACACACAACAACACACACACACACACACACAACCACACACACACACACACACACACAACCACAAACACAACACACACACACACACAACACAACACAAAACAAAACAAACACACAAACACACAAACAACAACACACACCACACACACACACACACACACACACAUACACACACAACCACACACACACAAACACAACACACAAACAAACACAACACAAAACACAACACACAACACAACACAAACCAAAACACACACACAACACAAACACAACAAACAGAACCACACACAACACACACACAACAACACACAAUACACACACACACACACACACACACACAAACACAAACACAAACACACAAACACAAACACACACACACAAACACAAACACACAAACACACACACACAAACACACACACACACACACACAUACACACACACACAUACACACACACAAACACAAACACACACACAAACACACACACACACCAUUAUACACACACAUUGCAAAGAUAAGGAAAACAGAUCCAAUUGGUGAAUUGACUGUUUUUGAGUGUUGUGGAUUUGUGCUGCCAUGGCAACCAUGAUGUAGUUGAACCUAAUAAUGGCGCCGGAGGGAAUGGCGGCUGUUUUACGGCUCCUGAACAAUUGUGCUAUUUUGUGUAUUUCUUUGCGCUGAUCUUAACUUUUUUUGUACAUAAUGUUUCCGCCAUCGUUUCCUACGACCGAAAAGAGCUGGACAUCAGACCAGCUAUCACUAACAUCGAUUUGGAUGAGGACUUCUACUUCAAUGAGUUGGAGGUGAAAGACAUAUUGAUUGUUGCGGACCAGGCCUAAAUCCCCGACACUAGGAGAAGGAGGAGAUGGCGCUAGAGAGGCCGGCGUGCGGGAUACCUGACGAGACUACGUCGGGAGAGUGGAUAAACCGCCUCUACCCUCCGUUCUAUUGGCGAACGUGCAAUCACUGGAGAAUAAACUGGACGAGCUCCGUUCGAGACUAUCCUAUCAACGUGAUUUGAAGAACUGUAAUAUCCUUUAUUUCUCAGAGUCGUGGCUGAACAAGAACAUGGGAAAUAUAAAUCUAGCUGUUUUUUUUAAUACAUUUUCAGGACAGAACGGCUGCAUCUAAGAAGGUCAGAGGAGGGGGUGUGUCUCUUUGUUAACAACAACUGGUGCGCAAUCUCUAAUAUUAAGGACGUCUCAAGGUUUUGCUCGCCUGAGGUAGAAUACCUCAUGAUAAGCUGUAGACCACACUAUUUACCAAGAGAGUUCUCAUCUAUAUUAUUCGUAGCCGUCUAUAUACCACCACAAACCGAUGCUGGCACUAAGAUCGCACUUAACAACCUGUAUAUGGUCAUAAGCAAACAAGAAAAUGCUCACCCAGAGGCGGUGUUGCUAGGAAAAACUCAAACAGGAAGUACCAGUGAUGUGCUCAAUACGGAAGUGGUCUGAUGCAGUGGAUGCUAAGCUACAGGACUGUUUCUCUAGUACAGACUGGAAUAUGUUCCGGGAUUCAUCCGAUGGCAUUGAGGAGUUUGCCAAAUCAGUCACCAGCUUCAUUAAUAAGUGCAUCAACAACGUUGUCUCCACACUGACCGUACGUACAUAUCCCAACCAGAAGCCAUUGAUUACAGGCAACAUCCGCACUUAGCUAAAGGCUAGAGCUGCUGCUUUCAAUGAGCGGGACACUAAUCCGGACGCUUAUGAGCGGGACAUUAACCAGUGCCCCCGCACAUUGACUCGGUACCGGUACCCCCGCACAUUGACUCGGUACCGGUACCCCUGCACAUUGACUCGGUACCGGUACCCCCGCACAUUGACUCGGUACCGGUACCCCAGCACAUUGACUCGGUACCGGAAACCCCGCACAUUGACUCGGUACCGGAACCCCCACACAUUGACUCGGUACCGGUACCCCCGCACACUGACUCGGUACCAGUACCCCCGCACAUUGACUCGGUACCGGUACCCCCGCACACCGAACCCCUGCACAUUGACUCGGUACCGGUACCCCCACACAUUGACUCGGUACCGGAACCCCCGCACAUUGACUCGGUACCGGUACCCCGGUUUUUGGGGUAUUCUUUCUUAAAACUGCAUUGUUGGUUAAGGGCUUGUAAGUAAGCAUUUCACUGUAAGGUCUACACCUGUUGUAUUCGGCGCAUGUGACAAAUUACAUUUGAUUUGAUUUGAUUGUAAGAAAUCCCAUCAAUACAGGACCAAGAUUGAAUCCUACUACACCGGCUCUGAUGCUCGUCGGAUGUGACGGGGCUUGCAAACUAUCACGGAUUACAAAGGGAAACCCAGCUGCGAGCUGUCCACUGAUGCAAGCCCACCAGACGAGCUAAAUACCUUCUAUGCGUGCUUCGAGGCAAGCAACACUGAACUAUGCAUGAGCGCACCAGCUGUUCUGGACGACUGUGUGAUCACACUCUCCGUAGCCGAAGUGAGUAAGACCUUUAAACAGGUUAACAUUUACAAGGCUGCGUACUCAGAGAUUGCACUGACCAGCUGGCAAAUGUAUUCACUGACAUUUUCAACCUCUCCCUGACCCAGCCUGUAAUACCUACAUGUUUCAAGCAGAGCACCAUAGUUCCUCUGCCCAAGAACGCCAAGGUAACCUGUCUAAAUGACUAUCGCCUUGUAGCACUCACAUCUGUAGCCAUAAAAUGAUUUGAAAGGCUGGUCAUGGCUCAUAUCAACAUCAUCAUCCCAGACACCCUGGACCCACUCCAAAUCGCAUACCGCCCCAACAGAUCCACAGAUGACGCAAUCUCUAUUGCACUCCACACUGCCCUUUCCAACCUGGACAAAAGGAACACCUAUGUGAGAAUUCUGUUCAUUGACUACAGCUCAGUGUUCAACACAAUUGUGCCUACACCAUCACUAAGCUAAGGACUCUGGGAUUAAACACCUCCCUCUGAGGCGAUCGUCCUGAUCACCGACGACGAUGAGACAGCCUACAGGGAGGAGGUCAGAGACCUGGCAGUGUGGUGCCAGGACAACAACCUCUCCCUCAACGUCAGCAAGACAAAGGAGCUGAUCGUGGACUACAGGAAACGGAGGGCCGAGUACGCCCCCAUCCAUAUCGACGGGGCUGUAGUGGAGCGGGUCGAGAGCUUCAAGUUCCUCAGUGUCCACAUCACUAAGGACCUAUCAUGGUAUCAAACACAUCAACACAGUUGUGACGAGGGUAUGACAACGCCUCUUCCCCCUCAGGAGGCUGAAAAGAUUUAGUAUGGGCCCUCAGAUCCUCAAAAAUGGCUAAAGCUGCACCAUUGAGAGCAUCUUGACUGGCUGUGUCACCGCGUGGUAUGGCAGCUGUUUGGCAUCCUACCGCAAGGCACUACAGAGGGUAGUGCGUACGGCCCAGUACAUCACUGGAGCCAAGCUUCCUGCCAACCAGGACCUCUAUACAAGGCGGUUUCAGAGGAAUGCCCUACACAUUUUCUACGACUCCAGCCACCCAAGUCAUAGACUGUUCUCUCUGCUACCGCACGGCAAGCGGUACCGAUGCAGGUCUGAAACCAAGAGGACCCUGAACAGCUUUUACCCCAAGUUAUAAGACUGCUAAAUAGUUAAUUAAAUAGCUACCUGGAAUAUCUGCAUUGACCCUUUUUGCAGUAAUGUCUUUUGACUCAUCACAUACGCUGCUGUUACUGUUUAUAAUCUAUCUUGUUGCCUAGUCACUUUAUCCCUACCUAAUGUAUAUGUACAUAUCUACCUCCAUUUCCUCAUACCCCUGCACAUCGACUCAGUACUGGUCCCCCUUGUAUAUAGCCAAGUUAUCGUUACUCAUUGUGUAUUUAUUCCUUGUGUUAUUAUUUUUCAUUUUAUUUUCAAAUUUUUCAUGUGACAAAUAAAAUUAGAACUAGCUCAAUAAUUUGUAACCCCUGCCUCCCUCUCUCUGUCUCUCUCCCUCCCCCCAGGGGAAUCAGAUUCUAAGCAGCCUGUCUCUGGAUGAGUACAAGGCCACUCUGAAGGUGAUCGAGAGGGCUAUUCUGGCUACGGACCUGGCUCUGUACAUGAAGUAGGUACAAUGUCACACACAGCUAGGACGCGCACAGAGGGGAACUGUUCAAGUCACAUCUUAUGCAGAGUUUUCAUUAGAACUUCAAUUCAGCUUGAUGGGCUGUGGAAAAUGUCAUGGUGGAAGUUGUACCCAUAGUUGGCCUAUUCAUUAGAAGAUCUAGUGAUAAUGUACUGAAAUGGUCAUUGAUUGUAUCUCUCUCUAUCCUCCCCCUCACACCUCUCUCCCCUUAUCUCCUAAUCUCUCCUCUCUCUCUCUCUCUCUUCUCCCUCCCUCUCUCUCUCCUCCUCUCUUCUCCUCUCUCUCUCUCUCUCUCUCUCUCUCUCUCUCUCUCUCUCUCUCUCUCUCUCUCUCUCUCUCUCUCUCUCUCUCUCUCUCUCUCUCCCUGUCUGAAGUGUGGGCGUAUGACUAGACUGCAGACAGAAGGGGAGAUAAACAGAUAUCAAAUUAACUGCCUAUAUUUUCAGGAGGAGAGGAGAGUUCUUUGAACUGACCAAGAACAGCCAGUUUGUCUGGGACAAUGACUACCAUAAAGACUUACUGAGGUUAGUGAACACAAUACAUAUACAUCUUCACCAUUCACCUGGGGACAGCUUGGUUGUGUGUCUGAAUGCAUAUGCCGGGUCAAAAUGACCUGAUAAUGUAAUAUCAGUGUUUUAUUUAUAUGGGUCUAAAAUAUUAUCCAUUUUGUGGAACAUAAUUAUUUUGAGUGAUGAUUUGGACCUUUCAAUAAUUAUUUUAUUGUUUGAAAUGUUUUUAGUCGCUCUUCAACAGUUUUAUACACAUUUCAAUGAUAACAUAUUAUGUAAAUUCAUAACGGCUAUUGAAAAUAUUAGCAUAUUUGUCUUACAAUCAAUCUUACAAUCAAAGUUUCAUAUUCAACCUUUUAGUGUGAAGAACAAAAUAAAACAAUUUUAAGCAUGUUUUAUAAUAUUUCAAAACAUUUAUUUGAAAAUCUAAAGUUCAUCAUCAAUAUAAACGACAACACUAAGAGUUGUGAAUUUAGAAAACAUAAACACUAAAAUGAACAAAAUGUGUGUGUCAUUACUUAUGCUGUCUUAGUCCAUGCAUUAGUUACAAACUACAAGCAUGUGACUGUGCUCUUUGCAGACGGGUGUGUUGCACUGAGAACGCCAGCAGCUGACUUUUCUAUCCUUUGCACUUGGGCAAAGCUGGCACCUCUUCCUCUUCUGGUCCUGGCUGCUCUUAGUGGUGGUGGCAUGGCUCUCUUUCAUCACCCAACAUAUUUCCAUUGCCUCAGUUCCUCUGUGGAGAUGGGAGAACCUUCCAGAAGGACAACCAUCUCUGCAGCACUCCAACAAUCAGGCCUUUAUGGUAGAGUGGCCAGACGGAAGCCACUCCUCAGUAAAAGGCACAUGACAACCCGCUUGGAGUUUGCCAGAAGGCACCUAAAGGACUCUCAGAUCAUGAGAAACAAGAUUCUCUGGUCUGAAGAAACCAAGAUUGAACUCUUUGGCCAGAAUGCCAAGCGUCACGUCUGGAGGAAACCUGCUCAUCCACUGUGAUGCAGUCCUCUACAAUUUUCUAGGAAAAGGUCCCACACAUACUGGAAGGCUGACAGGUGGUCCGUUGCCUCUCUGAACACUGGUCCUCUUGUCAUCAAGCCUCAGGUAGCGACGGAUAUCCUCAUAUCCUCCGACCGACAUGGUGGCCUUAUACAUUGGAUUCUGCAGUGGAUCCAAAAAUAGCUCCCGUGUGGAGACAUCCCAGCUUUUCUCCAAGCCGGCGAGGAGGGUUAAACCAAUAAAGGCCUUUAGUUCCUCUUUGUUGACCUCUCUCCACUCUUUCCCUUUUGCUGUCACUGUUCUCCGUCCUUCUAAAUUUGUACACUUUAGGACCUCCUCAAUGAUGUUGUCACUAAUGAACAGCUCCCAGGCAUCUUUUGGUGACACAACUGUUGACCCCGGCACAGGCCCUGGGCAGCUCCUCAGGAUGUUAUGGCUUCUGGUCCUGCCUUUAGUGGUGGGGAUGUUCACUACAGUAAGACCCCUUUUUACUCAGUCUAUUUGACUGGUUUUCACUCUCUUCCUCAGAGGAGUCCUCCCCACCUGUAGAAUCCUCUAGGACAGCUGGACUACCAGGUGCAUCCACAUCUCCAACUUGACCCACAGGCACAUAGUCUGUGUCAUCUGAAUUGGAUACCUCAGAUUCUAAGUAAGAGGCACCAAUGGCUUCCUCAUCCAGCAUCUGUAAAACCAUUUUGGUUGUAUAUCUGGCAACAUUCUUAUGAGCCUCCUUAUGAAACUCAUUUUAAUCAAUGAGUUAAAAAGGAGAAAGGAAAACGGUGGUUAAUGAACAUUAAAAACAAGAUAUUUAAUAAAUACUUAUUCAUUACAUUGAUUGUAUUGUUGUAGCAAAAAGAAAGGUCAGUUUGAUGAGUGCAAUGCAGUGAUUUAUUUUUAUUUAUGCACUCACUAACUGUAAGUGGCUCUGGAUAAGAGCGUCUGCUAAAUGACUCAAAUGUAAAUGUAAAUUAAAUACAUACGGGUCAUAUUUGACCCACGUAUGACAUUUUUUAAAUUAAAAAAUAAGAAAUUAAACAACAAAACUAGGAUGUUGGAACAUUAAAGACACAUUAUUUAAGGAAUUCCUGGUAUAUUAGAUGAUAAAACAAUUUUUUGCGGGGGGCUCAAUACAGCAAAAAAAAAUCAUUAGACCGGGUCAUUUUGACCCGGCAUAUGCAUCCUAGGGUUAAAAAAGUACAAAGUGUUUGUUAGGUGUUAAGCCCGUGCUAAAAUAUGCUUAAAAUGAUUAAAAGACAAAACAACGAUUGUGAUUGUGUUGAAUUGUGUUUGGGAAAUAAAGAUAGACAUGGUUUUAAAAAGGUAGUGGUAAUAUUUAAUUCAGUACAGAAAUGUGUAGGCGGCUGAACUUACCCUGUCCCGUGGCUCAACACACCCCAUACCCGGGGUAAAUUGUGCCAAGAGACCACCUUUUUGGGACAAGCUAUGUUUUCAAAACUGUCAUGUUUACAUUAAUUCUGAUUAUUUCCACAUGCUGAAAGAUAUGUAGAUAUCUUUGCUAGAAACAAUACUAUACAGUGGGGAGAACAAGUAUUUGAUACACUGCCGAUUUUGCAGGUUUUCCUACUUACAAAGCAUGUAGAGGUCUGUAAUUGUUAUCAUAGGUACACUUCAACUGUGAGAGACGGAAUCUAAAACAAAAAUCCAGAAAAUCACAUUGUAUGAUUUUUAAGUAAUUCAUUUGCAUUUUAUUGCAUGACAUAAGUAUUUGAUACAUCAGAAAAGCAGAACUUUAUAUUUGGUACAGAAACCUUUGUUUGCAAUUACAGAGAUCAUACGUUUCCUGUAGGUCUUGACCAGGUUUGCACACACUGCAGCAGGGAUUUUGGCCCACUCCAUACAGACCUUCUCCAGAUCCUUCAGGUUUCGGGGCUGUCGCUGGGCAAUACGGACUUUCAGCUCCCUCCAAAUAUGUUCUAUUGGGUUCAGGUCUGGAGACUGGCUAGGUCACUCCAGGACCUUGAGAUGCUUCUUACGGCGCCACUCCUUAGUUGCCCUGGCUGUGUGUUUCGGGUCGUUGUCAUGCUGGAAGACCCAGCCACGACCCAUCUUCAAUGCUCUUACUGAGGGAAGGAGGUUGUUGGCCAAGAUCUCGCGACACAUGGCCCCAUCCAUCCUCCCCUCAAUACGGUGCAGUCGUCCUGUCCCCUUUGCAGAAAAGCAUCCCCAAAGAAUGAUGUUUCCACCUCCAUGCUUCACGGUUGGGAUGGUGUUCUUGGGGUUGUACUCAUCCUUCUUCUUCCUCCAAACACGGUGAGUGGAGUUUAGACCAAAAAGCUCUAUUUUUCUCUCAUCAGACCACAUGACCUUCUCCCAUUCCUCCUCUGGAUCAUCCAGAUGGUCAUUGGCAAACUUCAGACGGGCCUGGACAUGCGCUGGCUUGAGCAGGGGGACCUUGCGUGCGCUGCAGGAUUUUAAUCCAUGACGGCGUAGUGUGUUACUAAUGGUUUUCUUUGAGACUGUGGUCCCAGCUCUCUUCAGGUCAUUGACCAGGUCUUGCCGUGUAGUUCUGGGCUGAUCCCUCACCUUCCUCAUGAUCAUUGAUGCCCCACAAGGUGAGAUCUUGCAUGGAGCCCCAGACCGAUGGUGAUUGACCCCCAUCUUGAACUUCUUCCAUUUUCUAAUAAUUGCGCCAACAGUUGUUGCCUUCUCACCAAGCUGCUUGCCUAUUGUCCUGUAGGCCAUCUCAGCCUUGUGCAGGUCUACAAUUUUAUCCCUGAUGUCCUUACACAGCUCUCUGGUCUUGGCCAUUGUGGAGAAGUUGGAGUCUGUUUGAUUGAGUGUGUGGACAGGUGUCUUUUAUACAGGUAACGAGUUCAAACAGGUGCAGUUAAUACAGGUAAUGAGUGGAGAACAGGAGGGCUUCUUAAAGAAAAACUAACAGGUCUGUGAGAGCCGGAAUUCUUACUGGUUGGUAGGUGAUCAAAUACUUAUGUCAUGCAAUAAAAUGCAAAUUAAUUACUUAAAAAUCAUACAAUUUUUGCUUUAGAUUCCGUCUCUCACAGUUGAAGUGUACCUAUCAUAAUUACAGACCUCUACAUGCUUUGUAAGUAGGAAAACCUGCAAAAUCGGCAGUGUAUCAAAUACUUGUUCUCCCCACUGUAUUUCCCUUGAUGGAGUGAUGCUGAAUGUAAAAAAUGGCUCAACUUUACCCACUCUCUUGCCCAACUUGUCCAACAAUAUGCUGGUGUGUCACCCCUUGUAGGUCAAUGUUGAUGACUGCCUGUGACAUCUCUGCCAUUACCAAGCCCUGGCCAGUACAGAAGAGGGUAAGUGAAAAGUGGGAUCACGUUCACUAGACUCAAGACUCACUUCAUAAACUCAACUGUGUUCUUGUUGCUGCUAUCUCCUUUGAUGUUCUUUCAAAACGUUUCCCUCUCACCAUUCUCCUCCUUUUUGAGUACCCCUCCCUUUUCUUUUCCCUCCUUAGAUUAUGUUCUCUUUCUUCUAUUCCCCGUGUCACUUCAACUCCCCUGUGCAAGUCUCUACCUCCUGUUCCUCAUCAAGCUCCCUAGGUGCAAUGGAAGGAGAGGUUCAGACAAGCCUCUAACCGUGUGUGUGUGUGUGUGUGUGUGUGUGUGUGUGUGUGUGUGUGUGUGUGUGUGUGAUCAAAGAGCUCUAGAACUCUUCUUAGAGGAGGAUAGACACACACAGUUCUAGAACCAGACACAGUUGUAGAAUCAGAAACCUGUUCUAGAACCAGAAACAGCUCUAGAACCAGACAGUUGUAGAACCAGAAACCUGUUCUAGACCCAGACACAGCUCUAGACCCUGACACAGCUCUAGAACCAGACACAGUUGUAGAACCAGAAACCUGUUCUAGACCCAGACACAGCUCGAGACCCUGACACAGCUCUAGAACCAGACACAGUUGUAGAACCAGAAACCUGUUCUAGACCCAGACACAGCUCGAGACCCUGACACAGCUCUAGAACCAGAAACAGUUGUAGAACCAGAAACCUGUUCUAGACCCAGACACAGCUAUAGACCCAGACACAGCUCUAGAACCAGAAACAGCUCUAGAACCAGAAACAGUUGUAGAACCAGAAACCUGUUCUAGACCCUGACACAGCUCUAGAACCAGAAACAGUUGUAGAACCAGAACCCGGUUCUUGAACCAGACACAGUUCUAGACCCAGACACAUCUCUAGACCUAUCCUCUCCUCAGGUCCUCACAUAAUACAUACAUAACUGACAGAGCUAGUGAGUACCUCUGCACCUCCAGAAGACACACACACACACAAUGCAAUUCACACACACAUAGGAAAUCUGUGCACACACACACACACAUACACCAACAAACACAAAGUCUCUUUCACACACAUACAAAGUUUUUUGUUGAGCUCAGUAGAUCUUAUUAUUAGAGCGGAUACUACAUCAGCCAAGCUGUGUACAAAAAUGUGUCUUCUCCUUCUCUCCUCUUCUCCCCCGCGUUCUCUCCGUUCCUCAGCUGAACCCCCCUUCCGGCUCUCUAGUCUUGAUUACACAGCUCCAAUCAGUGUUCUGCAGAUGGCUACCACACACACACACACACUUCCUUGAUUGGUAACCCGAAGCUGUAGGCAGUCUUCAUUUAUCCUUUGUAAAGAGAAAGAGUCCAUCAACGCAGUAUGGUUGCUGCUCAGUUAGCAGAACUUUCUCUCUCUCUUUUCUCUCAUUCCCAUGUUACAAAUGUCAGGGAAUACUUUGUAGGAUACUGAGCACUAUUGCGGGGUAUCUGAUACAAUUGGCAGUGGAUACGUUUUUUUCUUUUUCACAUAACAGGAGGCUGCCUAUCCAACCUGAACCCCCUCUCAACCUGCUCAUAUCACAUUCAUGGAAACACCGACAUUGAAAUUCAUAGAUAUCUGCAAAAGACAUGAAUAUUUAAAAACCCUGGACAACAGAUUGGCUUAAGUAUUUAUUCAGAUACAAUCAUAGGGUUGUAGUCGAACAGACUGUGGCUGUUGAAAGACUACAAGGUUACAAAUCCAAUUUGUCCUUUACCCAAUUGAAACAACAUUCCACUUUGAGGCACUUUUAAGAGCUCCGUUUCUUUCUGUCUUUCUGGUCUCUUUCCAUCUUCUCUUGCAGAUAGCCGAGUUAGUAGCUACAGAGUUCUUUGAGCAAGGGGACAAGGAGAGACAAGAACUCAACAUUGAGCCAAUAGUAAGCACCUCUUCUGUUCCCUACCAUCUUUACUUACACUUUUACACUGCUGCGGUUGAUCCAUUGCCAUUGAAAAUCAGGGUUUGUGAAAUGUAAUUACAAGGCUCCAAGAUUCUGAUUUGUAAUAUCUGAUUUUAAUAUCUUGGCAUGUGCACAUGUUGGCUUUGUGCAAAGCCAGGUUUUUACUAGUUGGCAAGUAAAGCCACAUAUCAAUGUGGGAGCAAAUUAGAUUUGGACUGAAGUUGGUUUUGUAAAGUUGGUUUUCUUUCCUAGGAUCUGAUGAAUCGGGAAAAGCAGGAUAAGAUUCCGAGCAUGCAGGUGUCGUUCAUCGAUACCAUCUGUACACAGCUGUAUGAGGUGAGGCUAUGAAAUGAUUGAUUGGUCUUUAUUAGUCAUGUUUAGGAAACAUUUUAUUGGCCAUAUAGCAUGUAUAGUCCCGUGUAGCUCUGCUGGUAGAGCAUGGCGCUUGCAACGCCAGGGUUGUGGGUUCGAUGAAAAUGUAUGCACUCACUACUGUAAGUCGCUCUGGAUAAGAGCGUCUGCUAAAUUACGUAAAUGUUUAAAUGUUAAUGUAUGACAUUGACACAAUGAAGGUACUCUCUCAUUCUGUCAUACUCUCUCUUUCUCUCUGUCCAUCAGACCCUGGCCGGUAUGUCUGAAUCCUGUUCCCCACUACUCGAGGGCUGCCAGAAGAACAGACAGAAAUGGAAGAUUCUGGCUGAACAGGACGACAAACGCUUCUUCAACGGAGCG